AUGUUACAGGUAAGAAGGCCAACGUUUCGGAAAAAGAAUAAGUUUGCGUGUCGCCACUUCAUUCUCUUCCCUAACAUUUUUAAGCCAACGACCAAAAGAGAUAAUGCAAAGUAAAAUUAAGCGGUUUUUGCCGUCUUUCAUGCAUAGUCCAACUUCGCCUCACCACAUCGCCAAGGCAUUCAAACAAGCUCUGGAGGCUCUGCAGAAGGUCACUUAUUAUAUUAUAUUUCUUGGACAUUACAUUUUCAGGGCACGAAAAGUGAUGAAGAUAUCCAGAAAAACAUCAACAAGUCUUUUGAAGCUGUCAAGGAAAUCAUUUUGGGUACUCCUGAACACCCACCGACGCCCGAAGCGGUUGGCUUUUGAGCGCUUUUUUUUUAAAUUACUCAAACUGUUUAGAUUGCUCUUUUCAUCCGCGAAAUUGUGGAUACGAACGCUUUACAGCUUCUAAUCACGAAUUUGAGCAAAUUUGACUUUGAGAGCCGCAAAGUAUGUUUGUAGUAGUUUGAUAAUCAAAUUUUAAUUUUUUUUUAACCGGAAAAAAGGUGUUUAUUCAAUGAUGUAAAACCUUGUUCGAAGUUUAAAGCUCUAAAGAAAACUUUCAGGACGCUGUUCAAAUUUUCGUUAACAUUCUGCGCCGUCAGUUUGGCAAAGGGUACAAUUUGCCGGUAACGGAUUAUUUGAUUCGUCGGAGAGAACUCGUCUGCGGUUUGGUCAAGGGGUGCGAAAUCGAGGCAGCGGAAAGAGAUUAUUUGAUUAUUUAGAUAUGAAUACCCGGAAAUUGCUGCACACUGUGGACAGAUCAUCCGUGAAUGUUGUGAGUUCGAGAGCCUCCACAAGGUUGGUCAUCGAUUGAAAAAAAAGAGUACACCGAGAAAGUAAUAGCCAGAAAACCUCCAAUUUUGCGCGUAAAAUUAAAAUUAAUUUUUAAAAUAAAAGAAAUAUUGAAGGUUGUUGCAAAAAAGCUUCGGAAUAAGAAGAGAAAAAGCGAGAAAAUCAAAAAUAUUGGUAAAAAAAAAACAAAUAAAAUGGGAAAAUCAGAAUUUUCGUUAUAGGAUUCUUGUAAGAAACUUUAAUUAAUUUUCUUUUUGGUUUUUUUAUAAGACCUCGCUCAAGUAAAUUUUUGUCGUUUCCAGCUAAUGUUGUACGACGAGAGCUUCUAUGACUACUUCCGACAUGUUCAAAACAAUGCUUUUGACAUUGCCGCGGACGCCUUCAUGACCCUGAAGGUAAAUUUCAGUAAUAGUUUCGCAUAGUAUUCUAUUUCCGCACUUAUAUUUCAGAGUACAAAUUGAAAAUAAAUUAUGUGAUUUGAAGACACUGCUAACGAGGCAUCAUCUCGCCGCAUUGGAUUACGCCGAAAUCCACUUCGAUCGUCUUUUCGGUAGAGUUUUGGUUGAGAAGAAAAAUAAUGAAAUAAUUUUCAGCCGCGUUCAAAAAUCUGCUCGUUUCUCCCAACUUUUUCGUGAAAAGCCAAUCUCUCAAGGUUUGUCCCACUUCUAUGAAAAAUUUGUCAAAGGUAUUAAUGAUAUCUGUUUGCAGUUGCUCUGCACUUUUCUUUUGAAUCGGAUCCACCACCCGGUUGUGGAGACGUUCAUUUCGUCGCAAGACAAUUUGGUGAUGAUCAUGGAAUGUCUGAGGUCGGAAAGCGGCGUCAUUCGUGUCGAGGCUUUCCACGUUUUCAAAGUAACUCAACUCAAAUUUUCGACUCUCAAAAUUGAAUUCAGAUCUUCGUGCUUCAUCCGAAAAAAGCUCAAGGAGUCCAUGAGAUACUUUUCCGCAAUAAAGAAAAAUUGGUUAGUUUUAUUUGCUUUAUUCUGAAUCUUGGAAAUGAAUUGGAAGAGAAGAGCUAGUUUUAGAAUAGAAACGUCAACCUUUUAUAAUUUUGUUUUUCUUGAAAAUCGUUAUAGCUGAUUCAUGGCUAUCGAAAAAAGGUCUUGACGCGAUAAUAAAAGAGACAGUGCCUGGUUGGGGGAGAGGGCAGACAGGCCACGCCUUUUUGCAUCCCAAGCCAGCUGCAAAUCCACUACAAAAAAGUUAACAUGAGUUAUUUUUAUAUCAGUGCUAUUGAAAGUUGUGUACGCAGGUAUGCUAGGCAAGGAUAGCAGAAAACAAUAUACCGAGUUUUUCAUCGACUUUUUUUUUCAAAAAAAACUUCGUACCCGAAUAAGGAUAGAAAAGAGAUUUAGGAAAAAAGUCAUGAGAUGUAAUUGAGCGAAAGUUUCAGAAAAUUUUAAGCGGAGAAAACCAUUCAUUUGGCCACAGGUAAAGUCAAACUGCUCUGUCCCACGCAACUUUUCUCAAAAAUGAGCUCCGCCUCCUCUUGAGAGAAAAUAUUUUUAAUUUAUAACGAAAGAUACACACGUGGUAGAAAAUCAAAACUUAUUACUGAUUCUUAUCCAGCUUCUCUACUUCGGCAACUUUGGAUCGAAGCGUGGCGAAUCUCCGACUGAUGACGACUCGGCCCUGGACCUGAUGGCGGUGGUGAAGACAAUCGAGGAGUUGCACCCGUACGAACCGCUGCUCGCCGAGCACGACUUACACGCCACGGCUCUCCGCGCUUGA